GCGCGUCCAGGCACCAUGCUGACGCUUGCGCUUGCAGUGCUCACGAUCGCGGCCGCGGAGGCGCAACCGUUCAACAUCACUCACUUUAUCGUACCACACGAUGUCCCUCCGGGCCAAGACGAAGUCAUCAUCGAGUGCAGAUACGAUGCCAACUUUACCAUGCUUAGCUGGUUUAAGGGGCCGACGGAAUUUUUCCGCUACAAACCUGGAAAAACACCAAGCACCAUGUCAUUUCCAAUCCUCGGAGUUGGUAAAGUAGAUUUGGUUUCCUGUGGACCGACAGCCUGCAGUCUCAAACUUGGCACUUUGACCGAAGACGCAUCCGGUUUGUAUAGAUGUGACAUUGAAAGAAGUUCACCACCGUACUUAUUCGAAACUCGAUCCUCCUACAUGGAGGUCCAUGGUCACAAGCACAAAAGACCUUUGCUGGAAGGCCUUGCAGAAGAGUUUGGUGAAGGAGAUGAGAUACUAGCGUAUUGCAGAGGUGCAAGGGAUUCAGAAUUUCGCUGGUACAUUAACGGACGAGAGGUGGAGGAAAUGAAGGGAUCGCAAACUUUAAGAAAAACCAGUUCUAGGCUGAUAUUUUCGGGAGUGCCACCAACAGUGACAGUGCAGUGCGCAGAGUUCCGUCACGGAAAACUGCUAGGCUCUAAAGAAGUAAAAGCUCGCUGGAGAAAAUCCGUCCAUCAAAGUCAAAAACCUCUAGAGCAAAGAAAUAAUGGUUCAUCCGUUAAUAAAAAUAUUACUUUUCUGAGUAUCCUACUGUUACUUACAAAUUUUCAAUGAAAAAUAAUUAUGUUA